UAGAAAAACGAAAACCUUUUUGGGAGAAGCUUUGGCAGAAGAGAAGGGGAAAAACCCUCUGCAUAACUGUAGCUGAGAAGCAGAGUCUGAGACCCAAGGCAGGGCUUGAAAUGCAAAGAAGAAGAAACACCGAAGCAAGACUUUUAUCUCUGCUAAGUGUUGAUUGAGCAAAGGAAGGGAACAACAAAGAAGUGAGCUUGGAGUUUCGCAGGAAAAGAGGAAAGGAAGAAGCAGAGGCGGAGACUGAAGAAGGCAGAAAGGACAGAAAGCUGAGGGAAAGAAGAAAAAGAUUAGAAUAACGAAAAGCUAACCAAAAGCAGACAGAGGCGUUAUAAGAAGCUGAGAAGGGGAAUCAGGAGUGGCUGGUAGCUACUACAACUGAAGGCAGAAAGUUGUCCUGGAACCCUAUAGAAGGACGGUCUUCAACAGAAGAGGAGGACGAUUGAGAGAGUCAAAAGGGGGAAGAAAAGGGAAAGACAGCUGAGGAGGUAUUAGAGGAAAAAUUAGAGGUUUGGGAGGCUGGAAAUCCGAGAGAAAACGCUGACCGGGGGAUUCCAGAGGGUGAGGUACCGAGAGAAAGGGAGAGGCUUUUGGUCUGUCAGGAUUCUUCAAAGCGGAUAUUUGAGAUUCGUGGCGUAGAUUUUCUGUCUACCAUGAGACUGCGGUAUGCAAUGGUCUGUUCAUCCAAUCAAAAUAGAAGCAUGGAGGCACACUUUCUCCUGAAGAGGCAGGGCUUUGAUGUGUCAUCGUAUGGAACAGGGGCUCAUGUGAAGCUUCCUGGACCUUCACUCAGAGAACCAAAUGUCUACAACUUCGGAACUCCCUAUAAGCAAAUGUUUGAAGAACUAAGGCGCAAGGAUCCCGAGCUUUACAAGCGUAAUGGUAUUUUGCCAAUGCUGAAGAGGAAUUCAGCUGUGAAAUUGGCACCACAACGCUGGCAAGAGAAUGCUGCUGAUGGUUAUUUUGAUGUGGUAUUUACAUUUGAAGAGAAGGUUUUUGAUAUGGUCCUUGAAGAUCUUCAUAAUAGAGAUCAUAUUCUUAUGAAAACUGUCUUGGUGAUUAAUUUGGAGGUAAAAGAUAACCAUGAAGAGGCUGCCAUUGGAGCCCGGCUUACCUUAGAUCUGUGCCAAGAGAUUGAUGCGGUUGAAUCAUGGGAGGACUGUAUCGACGAUAUAGUGGCUGGUUUUGAGAAACAGCAUCAACGGAAGUUGUUGUACAGCAUCUCCUUCUAUUAAAAAUAUCAGAUAUGUCAACAUUGCAAGAAUUAUGGGACUCUCCGAACCCAACUUCCCUUUCCAUGUUAGUUUGUAAUGUACUAUGGCCAACCAUUAUUUUCUUUCUGUUCAUGACUUUACAUGCAAAUUUUACCUUGGAAAUCACUCACCAUGCAAGUUUUGGUUGAAUCAAAUGGAUUAGUUGGUGAUUACUUGCAAAGGUAAGUGAUUGAUUUGAAAAGACUGGUGUUUGGGAAAGCAGGAUUAGAUGGUAAUUCUCUAGGCCAGCUUUGGUUUGUGAAAGUCCCAUGUCAGGACAGAAGCAAAUUGGGAUUGCA